AUGGAAAUGUCUCGAUCAAGUAAGCAUAAGGAGAACAGUGGGCUUGCUAUUUCUUCAACGGCAACAUCACCAGCAAUACCACAGUGUGCUGUGCAGCCAGAAGCCCAACCUUCUGAAGCUCCUGAGCAAAUGCAAGCCCUUGAAGUUGAGAGUGAAGAUAUAGAAAUGGAUGAGGCCACAGGGAAGAUGGUAGAUGUAGAAGUUGUGAAUAAAAGAGCUAAAUGCAGAUAUUGUCCAAAAUCUAAAGUUGGUCUUGGAGAUUAUGCAUUUGAUAGUGGGAAAAAUGGGACUUCGGGAAUGAUAAGCCACAUUAGAAAAUAUUGCAAAUACUACCCACCUAACCAAGAUAAAACACAAAAGAUCAUUACUGGUGAUAGGGGUCAGAGUAACAAAUUGGUUGCUAGGGGGUUUGUGCAAAGCGAUAUUAUGAAUGCAUGUGUUGAAAUGAUUGUGAUUGAUGAGCUGCCAUUUUCUUUUGUUGAAAAGAAAGGUUUUAGGAGGUUUUGUAGUGUUGCUUGCCCAAUGUUUGAAGUGCCUAGUAGGAGGAAAACAGUGAGGCAGUUUCUUAAAAUGUAUGAUGCACAAAAACAACAGAUGAAGAAAGAUUUAAGUGCACAUAGGAUCAACCUCACGACUGACACUUGGACAAGUGUCCAAAACACCAAUUACAUGGUGCUCACUGCACACUUUAUAGAUUGUGAUUGGAAGAUGCACAAAAGAGUUUUAAAUUUUUGUGUUAUUCCUAAUCACCAAGGCAACACCAUAGGAGACCUCAUUGAGAGUUGUUUGUUACAGUGGGGUAUAGAGAAGGUUUUAACCAUCACUGUGGACAAUGCCUCUGCAAAUAAAGUGGCAAUUGAUUGGCUGCAAAAAUCUGUUAUGGCAAUUAGGAAUGCUGUGAGAUAUGUUCGGUCAUCUCCACAGAGAUUGGAUUAUUUUAAAAUCUCUGUUGAGAAGGAGAAACUGACCUGCAAAAAUCUUGUAUGCAUGGAUGUCCCCACAAGAUGGAAUUCAACAUACAUGAUGUUGGAUGCAGCCUUGAAAUUUAAGAAGGCUUUUACUAGAAUGGUAGAGGAUUUGAACAGCCCAUUCAUGGCUUAUUUCAAAGAGCCAGAUGAGGUAGUUGAUGAGGAUGGUGUAGUUCAGACUAAUAGUAGGCAGUGUCGGGUUGGACCACCAACUGAUGUAGAUUGGGACAAUGCAUCAAUCUUUGUGAGGUUUUUGAAGGUGUUUUAUGAUGUGACCUUAAAGGUGAGUGCAUCUUUGCACCCCACAGUUCAUAAAACAUUUCACGCAGUUAUUUCCAUGGAAAAAGAGAUUGACAAGUUGUUUGUGGCACCUGAAUUUGCCACUGGUUCAGAUGCAGAGAAAGUGUUGACUGACAUGGCUGGAACUAUGAGAACAAAAUACAACAAGUAUUUUGUCAAAUAUCAGGAUUUGAACAUGUUGGUGUAG